CCCUUUUUAAUAUUUUUUUUCUCUGGUUGGCUUUACUUUACACUCCAAGAACAACUCAAAGGUGAGAACUUUUUUCUUUCUUUCCCUUUUGCCCCCUUUAUUUUCCAACAAUAAACCUUCUUCUUCUUCCUUACUCCACCCCCUUCAAACCCCACCUGGGUUUCUUGUUUUUUUGGGAUUGCAUGCAUCAUAUUUUUUAAACUUUUCUUGAUUUCUAGGCUAUUGUUGUUCUAUUUUUGGAAGUUUUCAUUUGGGGUUUUAAUGGAUGUUUUGACUUUCAUAGUUGGUUUUCUUUUGUAAAGCAAAAAAGAUUGGAUUUUUUACAUGUUCAAGAUCCAUUUUCCUCUUUAAUCGGUUAUUCUGAACUUUUCCAGAGACUGAAAUCUAUCUAUCUGGACAGAGAGGAAGUGAUUCUUUCUGGACUUUCAGAAAUUGAAUUUGUAUUUGGCUGACAGAGGGUUCUGUUUUCGGAUUUAAAAGGAGAAAAGAGGUUGAUUGGGUUUGAAAUCCCUGGCUGGGGUUGAGGAUUGAACAAUUAUAGGUUUGUGUUGCUUGGUUCGUUGAAUAUUGUUGUGAUGAUUUGUAUAUGAACUUAUUAGAUUGAAUCUCAAAUGGACUUGUCAAAUUGUAAGCAAUUGAGAUUCUUUGGAGUCCAUUUGAAUUUCUUGGCUGCAAAAUGCUUGGUAUUGGUUGCCAUUGCUUUGUUCCUUGGAACUGUUUUGCUUCCAACAUUCUCUGGACUUGGUGGGGUCAUUCGACAGAACAACUUUGUCUUUGUCCAUAACCGUUCAUUUCCAUCGAAUCAACCCGUAAAACAGAAGUUUCUUGAAGUUCCUCAGAUUGUGUGGGGAUUGAACAAUCAGAAGAUUGCUUUUGCUAGAGCUUGUUUGACUGCACGUAUGCUUAAUCGAACACUGUUGAUGCCUAAGUUGAGUGCUUCUCUGUUUUAUAAAGAAGUUGAACUUUUGAAGCCUAUUUCCUUCGAUAAGAUCUUCCAAUUCGAAAGAUUUAAUUCCAUUUGUAAAGGGUUUGUCCAAUUGAGUCGUUAUUCAGAUGUGUCGAAUCAAAGUGAUGUUAUCGAACUUCCGAAAGGCAGUGGAAGAAGGUGGACAUUGGAAAAAGAUUUGGAACAGUUGAAUCAAUUUAGUAAGCAUCCAUAUGAUGCACGUGAAAUCAUUCGGAUAGUAGGGAAGAACCCCUUUUUGUGGCAUGAUCAUUGGCCAACUAAAGACUAUGCAAAGGUUUUUGAAUGCUUAGCUUUAGUAGAGGAGAUAUCAACGGAAGCAGAUAAAGUUGUCUCAAAAAUUAGAGAAAUAGGAAUGGAGGUUAGAAGUAAGAAUGCAAUGUCAAGCUCUUCAUCACAACCGGUUCCCUUUGUAGCUGUGCACAUGAGAAUAGAAAAGGAUUGGAUGAUUCACUGUAAGAAGUUGGAGCAGAGAUUAAAUAUUAGUGAAAUUUGUAGUAGUAAGGAAGAGAUCAUUGCCAGAGUAGGAAACAUCUCGGGUCUUAAAACUCCUGUUGUCGUUUAUCUUGCUGUUGCCGAUACUCUUCUGGAGGAUAAAACUGUCUUGAAUGGCUGGAAAGACGGCUUGCAUCCUUUCGAGAAGAAAAAACUAGGUGUUUUUGACAUUUACAAGAAGCAACCAUAUCUAUUUCAAUCUGCUAUCGACUAUGAAGUCUGUUUAAGAUCCGAUAUCUUUGUAGGGAACAGUUUUUCAACAUUUUCAAGCCUUGUUGUUCUUGACAGAACCCAAAAGAUGAUUAAAGUGGGUGAGACAAAGUUGUGUGGUUCGGAUGUUAGAUGGCCUUCUUAUGCAUACAAUAUAAGAGGAGCAGGGAAUAGCCCUCAUCCGUGGGUAACAAAUAUGUCCGACACUAGCUUGACAGCAAUUAGCUAUGGCUCUAAUCACAUUUCUUGCUGAUAGCUCUCAAGGCUUGAAUUACUUGUUGUUUGUCAGCCUUUGGAUGCAUUGAUAAGGAUGCAGAUGAUUAGGUUCGAUUUUUCUUCGAAGUUUCAUUGUCUCUGCAGAACCUAUGCUGCGAUCUUUCGAGUCUUUUUGGUUAAAGAGAUAGGUUAUACAAAUUCUACAGCGGCUUUCUGGGGAUCGUGAAGAGUAGGUAUACUUUGCAUUUGUGUAGUUAUAUAUAUAUCUCAGAUUUUGCAUUCAUUUUUUGUUGAUAUGUUACAAUAAAUUGUUAAUAGAGCAUACACUUAUAUGGAAGUUAUGGUAUACUCUUUGUUUCUCAUACUGAACAAAAGAACAUAAAAUUUGGCAUUUUUAGGCCUUAAUG